GUCACUCGACGCGUGCGAUAUCGGGUAGCCAGCCUCAGCUGGCGAAUUUCACUCUCGUUCGACAGUCGAGCAUCGCCAUCGCCAUCGCCUGUCAAGUGUCACCGUCCCGCACGUCGAUCCGCCAUCGAUCGGCCGCGGCGGCGACCUCUCGUCGAUUCUGAAAAAUCCUCCUGACGAAGCCUGCGCGAUGAUGCUCCAGCAGUAGAGCGAACACGGAGGAGGAUCGCGAUCGGCAGUGGCGCGGAUCGAUAGCGAGCCGAGGAGACGACGAGAGGGGACGACGAGAGAUGAACCUCAGCGAGCCAUACCGAGCGAGGACCUCCGCCUUCGUAGCGCUCGCAGCCGCGGGAUGGGAAGGAUACGCUCUUCGGGUCGCGCUGCUCGCGCUGGGACUCAGCAUUUACAUCCUGUUGUUCAAGAAGAGAAACUCGCCCGGCGCGAGGUCGAGCUCGCGUGGGAGUCGGGACGUCCCGGACGACGGCGACGGCGACGGCGACGGCGACGACGACGCGAGCGAUCAUCUGAACGGUGAAGUCUGCCCGAUCUGCCUCGGGGUGCCGAAGAUCGGCGUGAAAGCGCCUUGCGGUCACUUGCUGUGCGCGGAUUGCCUGGCGAGUUACUGCGACGUCAGGAUCACACCUGCGCCGCCGCCUUGCCCGCUAUGCAGGGCGCCGCUGAAUUCCGUGGCCUUGGCAUGCGACUUUGUCAGUAACGUGGCGCGUACCGUUGCUUGCAGAGCGCGUAGGCUUGCCAGAUGCCCCCCUCUGGGGGGAGGGGAAGGUUGUCCAUGUUUCUAGCCAAAAUUUUCAUGUCCUGCCAAGCAUGCUAUUUGUCUUUCCUUACAGUGUCGGAGGACCUUCCUCCUUCUCUUGCUUGUCGAAUGCGCUGUCACAGCGACUUGUCACUGUCACUUGGUGACGUUUUUACCUUUGUCGAUAAUGUACAGGGUGUACAGAAGUACACUUCUUUCGGAAGUGAAAAAUUGUGAAGAUCAAUCCGGUCAAACUGAGAAGAAAAGUCAAGUACCAUUUUGCAAAUAUCGUAGUGGUUAUCAAGUUAUACUUACUUGCAAAAUGGUAAAGAACUUUUUUGUUCAGAAUGACCUAAUCUACUACAAUUGUAUGACGGCUAUUGUGUAUCUAUAGCGAUAGAUAUAAGUACAUAAAACUCUGAACCCUGAAUCUUGAACCUGUCAGAUCAGGUCAUUCUGAACGAAAAAAUCCUUUACCAGUUUGCAAAUAAGUAUGCAAAUGUUCAAGUUGUCAAUUAAAAGAGCCUCUAGAUGUGGUCAUUUUCAAUCGUUAAUAACUUAAUAACUGUUGCGAUUUUUGCAAAAUGAUACUCGACUUUCUUUCGUUUCCAAAAGAUCCCGGACACUUUGUAUACGUGUAAAAUAUACAGGGUGUUUUCAGCGUAACGGUGCGAUUUUUUUAGAUACGAUUUUUCACACGGUUUGAAGGGAAAAUUACAAGAUGAAUUUUCAACUGCUUCAUGUAAGCUACAACUUGCCAUAACAUAAGGAAAAAAAAUGUUUUUCUCUCAUACAGAAAUCAUCUUGAAUUUUUUAAACAAUAUCAUAUAUUCUUCCUUUACAUGAUGUACGGAUAUUUAUGAUAAUGCGCGUUGAAUUUCGAGUCUUCUAAAAUGUUACAUAAAGAAAGUGCACAGUACCGUCCAAGAAAUGCAAGGUGAUCUCGGAUUUUUUA